AUGUCAGCUCGGGCUCUUACUGCCCAGCGAAAAAUGAUCUCCAAGCCGAUGGCUGAGGCUUGUGACGAGAACAAGGCGUUCCUUGCGACCGCCAUUGACAAAAAAGAUUAUAGCAAAACCUUAUUGGUUGACGACGGUAGCACCGAAGGAGCCAGAUCCGUCGCUGUUUUCAGAUUGACACCUCGACGUGAACGUCACGACGAGCGUCCUUCCCGGAGGCCAUCCCGCAGUGGUUCUUCUCCGCGAAGAGAGAAGUCAAGGGCCCGGAUUGACCGUUCUCCUCGAUCGUCCCCUCCUACUGAACCAAUGGGUCCGCCUCGUCCUGUUGAUAUGUCUUCUUCUUCUCAACGUAGUGGUGAGAAGACGAACCUGGGUGCAACUUCUCAGAAGGAUAGUUCUGAGUCUCGAGAUGAUUCUCCGAAGACAAAGCUUGCUCUUGUUCCUCAGAUCAAAUCGCUCUCAGCCAUGGAGAAAGAAGGUAACGUUUUUCGGUGCUUCAAAACCCGGUCAGGCGCGAUCCUGCCGGAAUUCAACAAAUGGCGCUCUGCAAUUCGUGAACGAUAUCUACUUCAUGCUCAUCAUUCAUCUCGGGCGAACGGCGAGCUCAAUGACAUAAUUGAACAUUACGAAGGGUUGGUCAUUGGUCGGGAGAAAGAGAUCGACACGUGGAAGGACAAGUUUUCUAAUCUCGAAGUUGACCUCCGCUCUUCUACCGACUCCAAGCAUGAUUUGGAGGACAAGGUUGAUGGUCUAUCAUCCGAGCUUGCGAAGAUAAAAGGGGAGCUACAGGACCAGUAUGACCAAAAUUUCAAACUCCAGGGUGAGCUUUCUGGUGUUCAGGGUAGACUUCAUGAAUCCGAAUCAACCGCCGAUACCCUGAACAACCAGCUUAUUGAGCUUAACGCGAAGUCGGCAUCAAAAGCCAGAAAAGAGGUUAAGGGACGCGGGAUGGAGUUGAUCCAAGGGGCCAUCCGAUUCAUGCAGACCGAGAAAGCUAGGUCUGAUUUGGAAUCAGACAUCAAGGAGCACGAGAGCAACCUGAUCUUGCUGGAUCAAAUCCAUGAUACAGAUUUCUCCGAGGAGCAUGAGAGGACCGAACUGUCGGCUAAUCUUUCUGAAAAGCGGAGUCGCUUGGCAGCUCUUCCUACUUCGACCUUCAACCCUCAGGACUUCGAGGAAUUCUUCACUGAAUCGCCUCCUAUAAGUGAAUCAGGUCUAGAUUGGGCAGGUUCAAGUGAGGCGGAGGAUGUCGUCCCACCCGAAGUACCUGUGGCACCGGCGGUCACUCCGGAGGAUGGUUGUAAUGUAGAGGGCGGACCAAGAGCUCCAUCCGACCAAGCACCAACUAAGGAGGUGAACGAAACUUCGGUUGCUGAGCCGGGGUCCGAGGUGGAUAUCACUCCGUAG